AGUUGUGUAGAACGGGUUGCCAGUUGAGAAUCCGUUAACCUGAAUAUCCGUGUGUGAUGAGAACCCUUGAGUAAAAAAAAACAUUUUCCGUACUUCGACAACAUCACAGGUGUAACGGAUACCGAAUCUUAGGUUGUUUACAAAAACAUUUCCUGCCAAUGUUUCUUCUUUCGUACCAGGAUCCCAAGAGGUAUUGACGUUACCCAAAGGGGGGAUGCUUUUCCUUUAUUUGGCAACCUUACCCCGGGCAUUAUCAGCGCUGCGCAAGUCGAGUCCUGAGGAACGAACUAAGUCUGCAUUAUUAGAAAGGCCUGUGACGGAUCAUGGCAGAUGAGGGAUACGUGGUUCGCAUAAGGGGGCUCCCAUGGGCCUGCUCUGUAGAUGAAAUACAGAGGUUCUUCUCUGAUUGCAAAAUUGCAAACAAUGCCACAAGCAUCCAUUUCACAUACACAAGAGAAGGACGACCCAGUGGAGAGGCCUUUGUGGAGGUGGAGACUGAGGAUGACUUGAAGAUUGCUGUAAAGAAGGACCGAGAAACCAUGGGUCACAGAUAUGUUGAGGUUUUCAAGUCGAACAACGUUGAAAUGGACUGGGUCAUGAAGCACACCGGGCCAAACUGUCCGGAGACCGCCGGAGAUGGGCUGGUCCGCUUACGUGGUCUUCCCUUCGGCUGCAGCAAGGAGGAGAUUGUCCAGUUUUUCUCAGGGUUGGAAAUCGUGCCAAAUGGGAUUACAUUGCCGGUGGACAUCCAGGGGAGGAGUACGGGGGAGGCCUUCGUGCAGUUUGCUUCACAGGAUAUAGCUGAAAAGGCUCUAAAGAAACACAAGGAGAGAAUAGGGCACAGGUACAUUGAGAUCUUCAAGAGCAGCCGCGCCGAGGUGCGUACCCACUAUGAACCCCAGAGGAAGCCCAUGGGCAUGCAGCGGCCCAGCCCCUACGACCGGCCCUCGGGUGGCGGUCGCGGCUACAACAUGAUGGGCCGUGGGGGAUCGUACGACCGCAUGCGCCGCGGAGGCUACGGAGGUGGAGGAGGAGGUGGUGGAGGUGUAUCAGAUGGACGCUAUGGCGACAGUAGCUCCUCCUUCCAGAGUACAACGGGACACUGCGUUCACAUGAGAGGCCUUCCAUACAGAGCCGCCGAGACGGACAUUUACAAUUUCUUCUCUCCGUUGAAUCCGGUGCGGGUCCAUAUUGAAGUGGGUCCCGAUGGCAGGGUGACUGGGGAGGCCGAUGUAGAGUUUGCCACACACGAGGAUGCAGUGGCAGCGAUGUCCAAGGACAAGGCCAACAUGCAGCACCGUUAUGUGGAGCUGUUCCUCAACUCAACAUCCGGAGGAAGCAACGGUGCCUACAGUAAUCAGAUGAUGGGUAACCAGUCCUCCUAUAGUGGAGGUCAAAUGAGCUCUGGCUACUCCAGUGGAUACAGUAGCCAGGGCAACAUGGGAGGCUACAAUGACUACAGUAAUCAGGGUGGAAUGGGCAGCAGUUACUAUGGAGGUGGGGGAGGAGGAGGAAGCGGAAGUUCCAUGAAUGGUCAUGGGGGAGUAUGGUGAAUGUAGAGGGCUUGGCUGGUUUGCGUCUGUCUUUUUCUUUUCUUUUUUAUGGUUGUUUGCUGGACGUUACUGGAGAUGUAAAUACACCAAUACAUGGCCGGGGGCACCGAAGGGUGUCUAGAAAACGGAAUUGUGACUGGAUUUGAUUUUAGUGCUGUGAGGAUUUUGCUACAAGGAGUUUGCAGAACAAAGCACCGUUACGUUUUUCUUUUUUUUUCUUUUCAAUUGGAUACUUCAAACUUUGCUUAACUUUACCAAGAAGUCAUUUCAUUUAAUAUAAUUGCUGAAGUUAUCCUUAAAAGUGAAUUUUUGCAUUGACCAUUUUAAAAUGAGUACCGGAGUGCAUGAACAAACUAAUUGUUUGUAAAUAUUUCUGGAAUCCUGUUUAACCCCAUACCUGGUUUAAGCUUUUUAUUUGGGGAUCGUUCUUAAUAUGAAUUUUAGGGGUGGGAAUCUCUUGGCACCUCACGAUUCGAUUCUGAAGCGAUUAUCGAUGCAUCUCGAUGCAACAAUUUUUUUAUGUACAUUUCCAUGCGUGAUUUUCAAAAAUAUAUCUAUACAUCUGUGUUUGCUACUCGGUUUGCUAAUCACUUCCUACUUUUGUGAGGAUCAUUAAAGACAUCAACAGAUGAAUUAACUUAUCGAAUAUUUUAUAAGAGAAAGCUUUUGUCACAAAUGACUUUCUAUGAACAAUGCAAUAUUCAAUGCAGCUUGCCUUGCAUUAUAACACAAUAUGGAAGCAUGAAAAAAAUAGGUUUGUUUUAUUUUCUUUCUAAUCUUUCUUUUCUGUCAUUAAAUAAAAAGCUGCUCUUGAAUUAGGAGUUCUUGUGUCUGGCUGUGAUUUUGCGCGCAGCGCAUGCUAUGCGUAGGCUGAAUCGCAAUCGUGUCAAGACAAAUCAGAUUGGCCAAUACACACUGAAGAUAAAUUCAAUUAAAAUCACAAAUUAUCCCUCUAGCAUACAGAAUGUUGCAGCAGGCAAAAAAAAUAAUUAAUUCAGAUUAUUUUUUCUGCAUCGAGACAGAAUCGUUCUAGCGAGAAUCGCGGUGCAUCGAAGAAUCGAUUAUUUUUCCCACCCCUAAUGAAUUUACAAGUAACCUAGCUGAAGAUGUUUUUCUAAAAGGUGUACAUGCUGUUAGGCCAGAGGCUUCUUCUAGAGGGCUACAAAGUUAGUUACAAAGUGUAUCGGAAUUCUUGCUAAUGCAAAGGUUUCUACUGCUUCAACUACCAUUUGUAUUUCCUGUGAACAAGGUUAAUAAAUUGGUCUGGAUUCAUUGAGUAUUGACAAAUUUCCUUUUUAUUCCAAUCAGCCACUAGAUAGAAAAUGUCAACAUGCCAGCUCUAAGAAAAUGGACAUACAUUGAGGUGUAGGUUUGUUAGGGGGUUAGUCUUUCUGUAUGAUUUGAUUUAGAAUCAAUCAAGUCUUGAUGCAGUACAUAGUGUUGCUUAUUUCAGAAUCUCCCUAUCCGCUGUGCGCUUAAAACGCGGAUGGAAAAAUUCUGGCCUGAAAGUAAGAUUAUAUUUGUAUUAUAAAAUGUUAUCAACUGAUGGCAGUAAUGUCAAUGACAAGGGUUAAAAAGAAAGCUUCGUAGCUGAUGGUGAUUGUUAGGUGACAUUUUUCUAUUUUCUUACAACCUGUGUAAGCAAUAUACAGACCUUUGCAAAUAUAACAACCUGGUUUAGGACAGUGCAACUUCAGCAAUUUUAUUCCAUGUUAUACAUAAAACAUGGGUUCUUAAACACUACAAAAAAAGAAAAGGUAGUCCACAUAAAACGGUACCCAUAAGAGAUGCAUUGCAAAUAAAGAGUAUCCCAUAUUAAUACUUAAACUUAACUGCUAGUGUACCCAAAAUCAUGGUGAUGAGUAAAAAUCGGUAUUACACCGGGUAUUUAAAUGGGAAGAGCCGUAGAAAGCCUCAGUAUGAAACUUGGGAGCUGUGACUGCGUUGUCAGGAGGCGCCUGUGGAGGAGCUUCUCUGCAGUAGAAGGGAGUGGCAGAUGUCGCAGACGCGCACAGGCCGCGGGUACGACGGCAGCGCCAGCUCGUUGGCAGAGCAGGUGUUGCAGUAGAUGUCUCCGCAGUUCCGACAGUGGUGCUGAAAACAAUUAGUAUUAUGCAUCGCAGACCACUGAAACUCAAAAUAAAUAAAGAGGAAAUGGUGAAUGUUGUUCACCUUUCUCCGAGAGAUGGAGAACUCUUUCUGGCAGUGCUUGCACUCUGUGGCCUCGUCGUCUUUCAGCCAGGCGUGACCCUGAUUCAAGAGCAACAUGAAUACCAUACAAGAAUCCUAGACAGAACAGUAGUUACCAUUGAUGCUAAUAUUUUUUUAUUGAGAUUACACUCCUGGGCAAAAUAUUUUAACUACCGGUAUGUACAUCUGAGUCUAAAGUGCGACUAUAGAGACUCAGAUGUACAUAGUUUGAAUUUAUAUGCAUAAUUUCCCUCCCUUGUACUUUAACCCAGACAAUGUUAACAAAAAUAAUCGCAAAUAAUACUGAAAAUAAAAACAGCCAACUCAUUUCAAGGUUUGUUGUUGUGUUGUUGCUUCCUGGAACAUAAACCUUACUUUGCCACAUUUUGCAUAGAUCUAGUCAUGUAACUCCGUUCACAUCUCUGGUCAAGG